UAUUUUGUGCUCUUCAUUUGCAUAGGCAUGCAUAUGUAAUAUGUAUGUAUUAUUACUGGAUACACAAACUCGGCAAUAGUUUUUCAAAAAAAAAAAAGGAUAAGUUCAUCAGCUUCAACAUGCAAUUUUUUGGGUUGUCGAUUGCUUUGUUGUUAUUGCAAUUUUUGUCUACCAAAGGUCAGCGUAUAAGCGUUUUACUGAACCAGGGGUCCAUAACAGGGCUAAAGAUAUUUCCGGAUACUUCUCGAACCGCUGUUUACGCAUUCCUCGGGGUGCCAUACGCACAACCACCUGUUGGCGAUCUACGCUUUGCGCCUCCUUUGGCCCAUAGUGGCUGGAAUCGUACUUUUCUGGCUAUGAGUAUGCGUCCGCUGUGUCCACAGCCAUCGGACACAAUCUAUGAUGAAGUAUCUGACGGAAGUGUUCCUCGCGAAACAAUAAUGGACGAAGAUUGCUUAUAUUUAAAUAUUUGGGUCUCCGAGACUGAAAAUACUAAGAAGAAAUCUGUGUUGGUAAUUAUCACUGGCGAGGAAAUGGUUUACGAUUGGUCUCAAAAUCGUGUGUCCGGCGUAGAUCUAGCCUUGGAGGAUAUUGUCGUUGUUUCUAUACAAUACCGCAGUAAUAUUUUUGGCUGGAUUGCUAUGGAUAAUGAAGCGUUGGCAGGAAAUUUAGGCCUACAAGAUCAACAUCUGGCACUUCUUUGGAUACAGAGUAAUAUCCAACACUUUGGAGGAGAUCCCAACCAGAUAACAUUAUUAGGACAUGGCUCAAGUGGUGCGCCAUGCGUCAUGGCACAUGCUGUCAUGGGACGAACUGCUGAAGAGAAUAUUUUUUCUAAACUUGUUAUAAUGUCCAGCGGCGAUUUAGAGGCAUCGCUAAGGUCUAGGCAAGAUGUUAUGAAAGCUUCGAAAGUCCUAGUGGAAAAAUUAGGUUGCCAAUUCGAAAAACCCAGUAGUCAACUGAGAUAUUGUCUAAGGCAAAAAAGCAUCGGUGACCUGCUGAACGCCUUUGAAAGUAUAUAUGAUCAUCGCAAUGGCACACUUCAUAUCGGUCCCAUCUUACCAGUUGCUUACGACGAUUUAUUAAAAAAUCGAACAAUCUCGUACGCUCUGGGUCCUAUGCUCAUUGGCAUUACAUCUAAUGAGGGAUCGUUUUUAGAGCAACGAUGGUUAAAUUUAGCUCGCGAAAGCUAUCAAUCUAUCCGUGACUAUGUGGAUUACACUGUGCUACCAUGUAUACUACGAAAUUUCGAUGUGCAAAUAAGAGAUAAGAUGAAAUAUGCAAUAAACUGGUUCUAUUUUAGUGGGGAGCCGAGCGAGAGUACAAAGCAUUUUCUGUACGCAUUGCAGCGCCUUAUAUCGGAGUAUUUUUAUGAAUUGCCAUUCUACAGAUUACUAAAUCUAUUAACUUCGAAAGACUAUGGAAUUGUUACGCCAGUGUUUGCAUAUGUUUUCGAUGCUUCAAAAUCUAUGGAUUUACGUGGGAAAGUAAAUUUAUUCGGCGGCGCACCUCAUUCAGCCGAUCUACUUUUGUUGCUUGGACCCAGUGUAUUCCAACAAGUAUCAAGAAGGCGUUUGUCGAUGGAAGAAAGCCGCCUCUCUCGACAAUUUCGUAGUCAUCUUAUAACAUUCAUAAAAAGUAGAAGGGACAUAUAUAGUUCAAGUUUCAAACCCAAUGAAUGGCUGCCCUAUACAACUGAAAACCAAUUCAUAUAUAAUAUUGGUAAGACAGAUAAAGACAUCCAGUUAGAAACGAGUAGAAACUAUUUGUCGGAUUUUGAAAAAAAUUCGGUUGAAAUUGAUCAAUUGCUGCGCAAUGAUAGGGAUGUCGUCGAUAAUGGUUUUCUGAGAACAAGUAGGAAUAACAGAGGUCGGAGUGAUAUUAACCAAGCAACAGUUUAUGCGACAAAUCAAACAAAUCACCGUUAUGUUUUACAUUUGAAAAGGGUAUACAACUUUUGGCAGAUUUUUAUACCUUAUAUACAUAACUAUGGUUACCAAUGGAAUUAUGAUGGCAGUAAUAUUCCAUUUGGCCAACAAAAUCUCUUAAAGGAAGCGGCUGCUGACGCUGCUCGUUACCGAAAGGGUUUCUUUGCACUAAUUGUUAUAGUGGUUUUUCUUUUAAGCAUAUUAACGGUCUGUGUAUACAUACUUCAUAGGGAUCAAAUGCGUGAGAACACGCCUAUCUCGGUUUCUCGUUUAUGACGAAGAUUGAUUCAGAAGCCAGCAUGGUUUCGACCGACUCUUACGUCAUUUAGAGCCAACAACAACAGUUCCAAAUCGGAAAACUUUUCCUUUGGUGAAGUCAUCUUACCCAUAAGCGAAACGAAGAAGCGAGCAGCGGAAACUAAUCUGAAUAAAGCAGAGACACGUUCAAAGAGAGAACUGAAGAAAAAUAGGAGCGACUUCGAUCCAUCACAAUACAAUAUUAAACACUGGCAAUAUGAACUUACUUGCGACAAGUUUUGAAUUGAGUACAUUUUCAUUCUGUGUACAUAAAUACCUACAUACCUUAUAUACUAAAAUAUAUAGAGUGUUUCGAAAUCGAGUGAAAAACGAAGGCUAUUUAAUUUGAGUGAUUAGCUGUGCACAUAUUUGAUUUGAGUAAAGUGAAAUGUGCGUAGACCGAAAAAUAUUAUAAUGGCUUACCAAAAUUGUACAGUUUUCUGAAUAAUAAAUACAAUAUGUUAUAAAUAUAAAAAAUACUACGUAUAUAA